UGAAAACAAUCGCCAACAAUUGGAACAGAAACUGACACAAAUACUUCACAAGCGCAAUGAACACGAUAAAUUGGUGCGAAUGAAAACCCGUCAGAAGUACGAGCAAUUCCUGGAGGAGCAAAGAAAACGUAAUGAACGUAAUAAAAUGUUGGUGCAGAUGCUGGAGCGAAUCGAUCAGCAAGCAGCAACCAUGUCAGCUCGCAGCGAACGCUUGAAAAUGUUGAAGUUGCAAUAUGAAAUGUACUUUGCGAAAUUGAUGCAAAGCCAGACAAUACGUCAAAUGCAACAAACGAGUGCAACGCCAACAAUAACAGCAUCGCCAGCAGUAGCAGCACUGACACCAAUACCAAUACUCGUGCCAACAGCACCAACGCCAACGGCAACAUCAAUUAUUAAUGAUGAUUUUGGCAAAAGCACAAUGCAGCCAGCAACUGCAACAAACCGAAAUGAAAACACAAAUCUGCUAUCGGUAACAGCAGCAACUCCAGCAACAUUACCAGCAACAUUUUGUUUAACACCACGACAGCAGCAUGAGGCAUUGCCAAGUAAUUGCGCUGAAAUUUUAACGCCACAUCAUUGGACUUUAGCAAUGGCUACACCUACACCGGCUGGUAUGCUACUUACAACACCAUCCGCAGCUGCAACAGUACCGCAAGAUUUUUUGGCAACAUACAAUUACAUGCCACGCUCGCAACGUUGCCUGCAAACAAUGCAAAUGAAUACAAAUGCGACCAACUUCAAUGGCGAUGAUUUGCAAGAUGCAUUCUGCAAUAAUAGUGAGGCGCAACUACCAACUUUACGUAAUUUUAACCAUGCAAAUUAUACAGUUGCCGAUAUCAAUUUGGCAAGAACAGGAAUGUCAGCAAAUUUAUGCACCACGCCAUCAAAUAGUAUUGACAAUUUUACUGCUGCACCAUCAACGGCUUCUGACAAAUAUUUGGAGCCAAAAACGAUGCAUAUGUCAACACCGUUACCUCUACAGCAACUACAGGAUCAGCAUCAGCAGCAAAUUCUGUCAGAGACAUCUUCCAUUCCUUUAACUCCAUUGACAGUUGAUAAAUUGCCAAAACCGUUGAUGGCAAUGACAGAGAAAAACUUUACACGUACUAAUGUUGCUACUCCCGCUGCUGCUGCUACUGCUGCUGUUACAGCUCUUGCUAUUGGUGAUGUUGAUGGUAAUCAUAUUGAUGACAAUGGCUGUGUUGCCACUGAUGACGAUAAUGUUGUUACUUAUGACACUGUUAGCGGUGAGCAACCGCAAACUACAGCACAAUUUCACGACUCGGCAUACAGCAGCAGCAACAGCAACAACUAUAACAAAAACAACAAUGGAGAGCUCAAUUCCAGUAACCGUUCAGUAAGCGAUAAAGGUGCGUGGGGGCCACCUCGCAUACCGAGCGUACAAAACGUGACAAAAGAAAAAUUGCUAAGUUCAACUGAUAAUAUCGCUGUCAAUAACAAUGCAAAUAAUCCAGUAACAUCUACUGUUGUUACUACACCAGGCGAUGCUGCGACUACAGUUGUUGACGACGCUUCCAAUAUUAGACAGAAAAUCGAUUUGACUUGGCAAUCGCCAAGUGAACAGCAAAUGACACAAUCUUGGCACACACCCGAGAGGGACAAACAAAAAUUCACAGACAACGGCAACAACAACAACAACACUGGGUACCUAAGUCAAAACUCACACAUUAGCGCUAAAACAUAUAACGAGAAUCUUUCCAAUGGAUUUAGUGACAUUUCACGCACAAAUUAUGCGACAACAAAUUACACCAACGAAAAUCAAAUUUCACCUUCAACAAACGAGCAGUCAGGUAAUCAAUCCUCCAAAUCCCAAAUGAAUAUUGAGAAUAUUGAAAAUGCCAUUUAUGGGGAAUUACUCAAUCCUCCAUUUACUGCCGAAAGUCAGCACUUACGUACCCCUGCACAAGGUUUAAUAGAGGACCUAGUAGCAAAGGCGCAAACUGCUACUGCCCAACAGGAGAUUUCCGGUGAUAAUAACGCACUGCAUGCAAAUGAGGAACAAAGUGCCGAUAUUGCAACUUAUGCUAGUGUAGAGUACGGUGCUGAAAUUAAUGAAGGCAACACACAAAGCUCGGUGAGCUACAAUCAAGACAAUACAGAUAACAGCAAUGAUCCAACAUAUGCCACCAUUGGAGAUGCAACUAAUGCUGAAGUAUAUCCACAAGUGGUAGAGAAUAGUUAUAGUGAAAAUAUUGAUAGUGCAGCAGAUUAUGCACAAUAUGCGGCUGAUGCGAGCCCAAUGGCAGCAAAUGAAAUGCAGCAAGAUUAUGCAAACAUGAGUUAUGCCAACUAUGACGCAAGUCAGUACAAUCAAGCCUAUGAUCCUAAUGCCUACCCGGGUUAUACAUACGAUGAAACGACAGGAGAAUACACUCCUGAUGCCACUCAGCAACAAUAUGCCGAAAUGCAAGAUGCCUAUGCGGCGCAAGGUUACGAACCGCAAGCAACGUAUGACGAUAUGAAUCAGCAGAGUGCAAAUUAUGACUACUCGGCAGCAUAUGCUGAACAGACCGGCCAAUCUGAUAUAAUGCCACCAUCUGAGCCAGCGAUAACAGCUGAGUCAAUUGCAAUUGACCAACCCCCAGCACCACUUGAUACAACUACUGACUACGCCGCUGCUAGUGCUCCAGAUUCUGCUGGUAUUGAUGCUGUUGAUGAAGCUAAUGAUCAGAAUGUUACUGGUAUUGCUGACAGUCUUUCAGCAAGUGGUGUUCCCGCAACUUCUAAAGUAAUUAAGCCCACAUCGAUAUUGUCCUCAUCAGUCGACAAACACGCAAUGUCUAAUGAUGCGCAGAAAAGGAAAAAACGCGUUAAUUUUGUUGACAGCAGUGAAACGGAUGAUAGCUCAAGCGUAAAAGCAGCUGGCUCUGCUAAUGCCAGUGGUGCUGCAGCUCCUGUUACAGCUGCUUCAAGCGAGAGUGAUUUUGAUUUUUCAGCAAGUGGCGAUGAUGCGGCAAAAUGAAUCCCUAAUUAAGGUGCAUUUGUGCGCCAUGUAAUUCGUUUGAAAUUUGA